AAAGUCUUUUAUACUACUAAGUGUAUAUAUAGAGGUGAAAUUUUAUAUAACGAAAUAUAAAACUACAUCCAAUAUUUUUUUUUCUUUUUUUCUUUAUAUCAGUUUAGUGUAGUUUAUCGACGAUAUAAUAACACACAAGGUUGUUAGUAGUUAUGGCGGAUAUAGAAAAUCAAACUUCGGUUGUAACCGCAACGUCUGCGUCUAAUUCACCGCAGGUUUCGUCGUCUCCAAUAAAUAAAAAGGAAAAAAAAGCUAAAAAUCCUAGGACCAAACCAUCUCAUCCACCGACUUCGGAAAUGGUAAACAAUGCGAUCAAAGGUUUAAAGGAACGCGGAGGCUCAUCUUUACAAGCAAUUAAAAAAUACAUUGCUGCCAAUUACAAAGUUGAUGCAGAAAAAGUAGCGCCAUUCAUCAAAAAAUAUUUGAAAGCAUCUGUAGUAUCGGGAUCUUUGGUACAAACUAAAGGUAAAGGAGCUUCGGGAUCAUUCAAGUUAGCUUCGGCAACUUCAACUGGUGGUACUUCGGCUAAAACGAAUGCUAUUGACAAAAAGAAAAAGAAAACAGCCGCUUCUACUACAGGCGUAACUAAAUCCAAGAAAAUUGUAACAGCAGCAAAACGAAAUGCUAUUAUUGGAGGAGGAGUAGAUAAAUCGAAAAGUAUUAAGAAAUCUAAUAAAGGCAAAAAAACGACAGGUACAGCAGCGGCGGCAUCCUUAAAAACUUCGACGACAACAACAACACCGAUUACUGAUAAGAAAGGCGUUAAAGUUGCCAAAAAAACGGACAAAAAAUCUUCGGCCAAAGGAGGAGUCGCCGCCGCCGCCGCCGCCUCCAAUACAGCCAGUGCCGCAUCAUCCGAAAUUAAAACGAAGAAUCCUACUAAAGCAAAAAAAUCCAAAAAAAAAAAAAAAAAAAAAACACAAAAAACAAAAAAAAAAAAAAUCUAUCCAAAUUCCUAGGUUUUCAGAGACAACCCACAAGAGGACACCCCCCGACACGGUAACUCCGCAUUUCAUAAGCAAGUGUAGAGUUAUACAUCGGGGACAGCUAUAGAGAAGGCGAAGGACCACUCGGAUUAGAUCUUUCCGACCGGUUGUAGGUCGGAAAAGGUUUACCCGAGGCCGCGAAACACACACACACAUUAUGACGUCCAGACUAUGAAGCCAAGAGAGUAUAGCCAACAGGCUAAUCUCUUAACAAAAAAAGAUAGACAUCCCAGAAUCUCCCAUAGAACUAAGGGGAGAGGAAGGAUUCUACGCGCGAAACUGCGACGCGAAAGAGGAUGAGGACCUGUCGGAAUUGACAGGGGGUGGUUGGAAUGUUCUUCUUCGCACCCACUCGCGGAUUUAUCCGGGAGUGGAUGCUUAGAGGGACGGGAUUUCUCACGCGCAAGUGUGUGUGUGUGUGUGCUGUAAAUUCUAAUUUUAUCCACUUUUCGAUAAAUACGGUACGUUAUCCAAGUGUUUCUAUUAUUUUUUUUUUUUAAAGAGAAAUAAUGCCACCAAAAGCUAGCGGAAAGGCAGCGAAAAAAGCCGGAAAGGCUCAAAAGAAUAUUUCGAAAGCCGACAAAAAGAAAAAAAGAA